AUGUCGGGAAGAGGAGGUGCUGGAGCAGGAGGAGACAGAAGAGAAGGUGGGGGUUGGGGAGGAGACAGAAGAGAAGGUGGGGGUUGGGGAGGAGACAGAAGAGGCCCCUUUGGACAGAGGCCCCCUAAUACAGGUGUGGGAGCAGAACGGGGAGCUUGUAGUGUUGACAGAAGAGGAGGUGCAGGAGGAGGAACUUAUGGAGGGGACAGAAGGGGCAGUGCAGCAGAGGGAGCACCUAGAGUUUCCAGAGAGCAGGGUCGGAGAGGUAGAAGUGAGGUAAGAGGAGAGAACAACGAAAACCAAAGGUUUAAUGGAACGGAGGUUGUUAGAAGAGAUCACAGAGGAAGAGAAAGCCAGGGCAGAGGGAACACUAGCAAUGGUACCCCUGAGGUACGGAUACUCGGGUACAAAUCACUGGAGGAACUGCUGCAGAAAGAUGCAUCUGUAGUUGUAAUAACCCUGUCCUCCAGCAGGGGACUACAGGCUUUACUUAUGGAAAGGACCAUGAGGCCAGACCUCGUACAUCUGGUACUUCAGGUGCUCCUCAAGGCCUUACAGGCCAGAAAUGAACGCAGAAUGGUGCUUCAUUUGGCCCAAACAGUGAAGGAUUCCAUCUUCUUCCAAAAUGUGCUUCCCUUCCAUGUGACUGGGAUGAUGUCAGAUCACGUCGCCGCUCGGCGGGAGCAGUACCCUCUGCAACUGCUCAACAUCAUCAAAAUUAUGUCCGACUUGCUCGGCAUGUUCCCCUCCAGCUCUGUAGGUACCAUCUCCAUGUUGGUGGCUUUGGUGAAACCAGUGGUCAACCUGCUGCGAGCUUCUGGCAUUGAUUUUACCGAAACAAUUGAUGAGGAUCUAGAGAAGGUACAAGCCACGGUGGACCAUCUCCAAGAGAAAGCAAGGGAAGGAUCCUUGAGAUCAGACAACUAUGCUAUCUCUCUUGGCAAUGAAGAUACUCCACCAGGGGUAGAGGACUUCAGGAACAUGAGCAUUUACCCGACCCCUGAAGAAUUCCACCAGGACGAGAAACCUUUUUUGAGGCCCAACAUUAUGCAGCAAAGUUACCCCAACGCCCACGUCUACCUGGAUACGCAUUUUAGGCUGAUGCGAGAGGACUUUGUCAGGCCAUUACGUGAAGGCAUCAGGGACCUGCUCCAAAAACAGCAAGAGGAGGGCCUCGGUGGCAUAUCUAUAAAAAAGAGACGCUUUGAUGAUAUCAGGGUUUACUUCGACACCAAACUGCUUGUGCCCAUCUGCACUCACACAGGCAUUGUCUACAGAGUAACGUUUGACCCACAGCCACUUAAGUUUGUGCGAUGGGAGAAUUCCAAACGACUGCUAUAUGGGUCCCUGGUCUGCUUGUCAAAGGACAACUUUGAAUCUUUUCUCUUUGCUACGGUGGCCAAUCGGGACCCCAAAUUUCUGAAAGAUGGCCUGGUUGAACUAAGUUUUUCUGCACACAGCCGAGCUCAACUGGCCAGGGUCAAGGCUUCUGAUUCCUUCACGAUGGUUGAGACCUCUGCAUACUUUGAAGCCUACCGUUAUGUACUGGAGGGGCUUCAGGAACAACAAGAGGAUGAGCUUCCAUUUCAGAGGUACAUUGUAGAAUGUAACCCAGAUGUCCAUCCUCCAGAAUAUAUUAUGCAGUUCAGGAGUUCUUACGAUCUGUCCAGCAUUGCAGCAAAAGAUCGUAAGGACAAGUUGAAACCGUUUGACCCCCUUAACGCUGAUGCCUGGCCUUCUGAGGAGCAGCUAGGUCUGGAUGAGAGCCAACUCAAAGCCCUUAAACUGGCCCUCACCAAAGAGCUGGCUAUUGUACAGGGCCCACCAGGCACAGGGAAGACAUAUGUGGGACUAAAGAUUGCUAGAGCUUUGUUGGAGAACAGUGUGGUGCAGAUUUAUAACUCACCGAUGCUGGUAGUGUGCUACACCAACCACGCUCUAGAUCAGUUUUUGGAAGGUAUCCAUAGCUUCUUGGACAAAGGCAUUGUAAGGGUCGGAGGCCGGAGUAACAGUGAAAUGCUGAAGCGUUUCUCUUUGCGGGAGUUGACCAGGCAGCCAGGCUUUCGCAGAAACCUGCCACUACACAUUAGGAAUGCCUUCAGUGAAAUCCAGAGAGAGCUGAAGUCUACAGAGAGACAGAUACAGUUAGAAUCGGCCAGGCUAGUGUGCAGUCUGCAAGGGGUCAUUGAUGAGCGCUUUUUGAGGAAGUACAUGUCUGAGGAGCACUGGAUCAGAAUGACCGAGCAACUGAUGGGUGAAUUUUCCUUUGGUGGUAAAAAGUCAUCAGUUAUCAUGGAGUGGCUUGGCCUUGGAGACUAUCAACAAGCAAUUAAUUUUGGUGAGACAGAUGAAAAUGAGAGGGUUGAGCAAGUGGAGGAGGAGGAGGAGCUGUUGGAAAUGGAUGAAGAGGCUGCUUUGAUUGAGGCUGAUAGAAUCCUGUUCGAAGACCUUUCGGAUCAGAAUGAAUGGGAUCAUGAGCGCAGGAAGGAAGAAGAGGAUAUAAUAGCGGAGAUCUCUAAGAGCAUGCUUGCUGUCAACCUAAACGAAGAUGUGGAAGAGCCCUUAGAGUAUGAUGGAAUUAAUCAACCUAAUGAUGGAGUGUGGGAGAUGCAGCGUCAACAAAAAAAGAACAUGAAGCAGAAAAUAAAGAAGAAGUUGAAGGAAGGCCCGGCCAUGAGCGAGGAAGAAGAGUCUCGGAUUCGGGACAUAUGGAGGCUUAAUAAAACAGACAAAUGGAGACUUUACCGCCUCUGGGUGUUGAGGUAUCAGAUUGAGCUUCGUGAGAAAACUCUAGAGGCCGAGCAAGUCUAUCAGGACGCGGCCGAGCGCCUUGCUGAAAUCCGCCACAGAGAGGAUCUGUAUGUACUACAGCAUGCCAAAGUCAUUGGUAUGACUACCACAGGAGCAGCCAAAUACCGUCAGGUCCUGCAGUUACUCAAGCCCAGACUGGUGAUUGUGGAAGAAGCUGCUGAAGUACUGGAGGCCCACACUAUUACCACACUCACCCGAGACUGCCAGCACCUCGUUUUGAUCGGAGAUCAUCAACAGCUGAGACCUAGUGCCACCGUGUAUGAACUCGCCAAAAAUUUCAACCUCGAGGUGUCUAUGUUUGAGAGACUUAUCAACAUGAACUUUCCUUAUGUUAGGCUUAAUUAUCAGCAUCGUAUGAGGCCAGAAAUUGCUCGUCUUUUGACUCCUCAUAUCUACACAGAGCUGGAGAACCACCCUUCAGUACUGGAGUAUGAAAACAUCAAGGGAAUUUCAACAAACAUGUUCUUUGUGGACCACCAGUCACUUGAGGUGGAAAUAAAGGAUGGAAAAAGUCAUCAAAACCUUCACGAGGCACAAUUUGUAGUUGCACUUUGUCAAUACUUUUUGCGUCAGGAGUACCAGCCCUCUCAGAUUACAAUUCUCACCACUUACACCGGGCAGCUUUACUGCUUACGCAAGAUCAUGCCCUCAAAAGAGUUUGCAGGAGUGAAAGUUCACGUCGUUGAUAAGUAUCAAGGCGAGGAAAAUGACAUUGUCAUACUGUCGUUGGUCCGCAGCAACCGGGAGGGUAGGGUUGGAUUCCUGCAGAUCCCAAACCGUGUUUGUGUGGCACUUUCUCGUGCCAAGAUGGGACUGUACUGCAUCGGGAACAUGGAAAUGUUUAGCAAGGUAAAGCUGUGGAGUAACAUCCUUCACACUCUAAGGGAGAAAGAUCAGGUAGGACGGGAACUGAGACUGAGCUGUCAGAAUCAUCCGGAAACUCAAACCCAGGUGUCCUCCUCGCAGGACUUCUUAAAAGUCCCAGAAGGUGGCUGCAACAAACCCUGUGAAUUCCGCUUGGACUGUGGUCAUGUAUGUGUUCGCAUGUGCCACCCGUACGAUGCUGACCACAAGAAAUAUAAAUGCAACAAGGAAUGCCCCAAAGUUCUGUGUGAGCUUGGGCACAAAUGUCAGAAGCGGUGCUAUCAGGUAUGUGGUAAAUGUGUAGUGCUCGUAGAAAAGGUCGUGCCUCAAUGCCAGCACACUCAAAAAAUGCCCUGCCAUCAGGAUCCUAAAUCAUUUGUCUGCAAAGUGCCUUGUGAGAAGAUGCUGAGCUGUGGACACACAUGCCAGGCAGGUUGCGGGGACCAGUGCACUGAUUUUUGCAAGGAAAUAGUUCUUGUUCAGCUUAAAUGUGGACACACCCAAAAAGACCCAUGCGGCAUAUUCAAGAACCUUGAAGAUCAGCCAAAUUGCCGGACCAAGUGUGGCAAAGAACUGAAAUGUGGGCAUGUUUGCACAGGAACUUGUCACGAAUGCUACCAGGGCCGCCUUCACAAGUCUUGUACGAAAAAAUGUAGCCGUGUUCUUCCCUGCUCACAUGAGUGCAAUGUGCCUUGCCCCAGUACCUGCCCACCGUGUAAUCAUCCUUGUCAGAAUCGCUGUGUUCACAGUAAGUGUGAGAAAAAAUGUGGACAGCCUUGCGUCCCUUGUAAUGAACCCUGCCAAUGGCAGUGCUCUCACCACAGCUGUAGCAAACUCUGCCAUGAGCCAUGCGACCGCCCACCAUGUUACGAGAAAUGUGAUCAAAUCUUGAAAUGUGGGCAUCCCUGCAUAGGGCUUUGUGGAGACCCUUGCCCAAACAAGUGCCGCAUAUGCCACCGUGAAGAGGUGACCGAAAUCUUUUUCGGACCGGAAGACGAGCCAGAUGCCACCUUCAUCCAGCUGGAGGACUGCAAACACAUCAUUGAGACCAGUGCCAUGGACGUUAUUAUGGGCAUGGAUGAGGACCAAGGAGCUGAUCUAGAUCAGCGGGCUAUACGACUAAAGGAGUGCCCCAGGUGUCGAACCCCUAUUCGUAGAAACGUGCGCUAUGGAACACAUGUCAACCGCAGCCUGGCAGAAAUCGAAAAGGUAAAGGAACAGAUAAAUGGUCAGCCAUCUGAGAUUAAGCUGAAGCAGGACGAGCUCUUGCAGCAUUUGAUGGCAAGUAACAACUUAAGGCAACAGUUUAUCACAGAGUUUUUUAAGAUCCGUGAGAAGCUUCAGGGGACUGGUUUGUCUCUUGUAGACCUUUGGCACCAAGAGAACUUGAUAUUCUUCCUUGAGAAGCUUGGGAAGUUAAAGAAAUCAAACACACAUUCGAGUGAUGUGUUCUCUCAACGCUUUAGAGAAUGCCUGAAUUUCCUAUCUCAUAGGUACCAGAGAUUCACCGACCAGCAGAUGGCAGAUGUAGAACGUGAAAUAAAAAGGCUUUUCCACCUUGCUGACCUUGACGUCCGCUGCAAAACAGCCAACCCCUUAGUACUUCACAAAGUCCACUCAGAAGUGACCCAGGCUCGAAUGAUUCUGGAGAACUCUCAACCAUUCAGUGAAACUGAUGAAAUUAAAGUGAAAAGGAUUUUUAAAGAGCUAGAAACCAAGCUCCCUUGUACUGGCCUGGGUAUUUCCGAUGACGAAAGAGUGAUGAUCGUUAAAGCCAUGAAUCUUAAUAAGGGACACUGGUAUAAGUGUCCUAAUGGGCAUGUAUACGCUAUUGGAGACUGUGGCGGUGCAAUGGAAAACGGGCGUUGCCCUGAAUGCAAUACUAGAAUUGGUGGAGCCCAACAUCUGCUUGCUCAGGGAAAUUCCGUGGCAACAGAGAUGGAUGGGGCACAGCAUGCUGCCUGGUCAGACACUGCCAACUUGCUCAAUUUUGAUCCAAUGGACCUUCAAAACCUAUAAAAAAAUCUUGUAAUUGGAUCAAUCUGAAUUUGUAAGGGUGAAACCGAUAAUUUACAAUGAUUGUUGACGAGGAAGGAGCGGAGAUACCACUAAACCUCUAAUGGAUUUAAUCAACCGAAAUGUUGACUGACAUAAACUGACCCUGUGCUGAAAACUGCACAAUGUCACAGGUUUUCAAACUUGUACGGUUCAAGAAUAUAUUACUGGUCAAACCGUACUGCUCAUCACAUAAAUUGCACGAAGUUGGUCAUGAAAUCAACAGCCUACCUAAUGGACUAGUAUAUAUCUUUAAAGACAGUCCCUAACUUGCUAAAUAUCAAAGCUCCUCAGUCUACCUGUAAGGACUCAGGAAAGACAAGCAUUACGACUCCUCUGUACUGGAACCCAGGUGGUAAAACAGAGAUGGAUGGGCCACAGCACACUGCCUGGUCUGAUUUUGAUCCAAUUGACCUUCAAGACCUUUAAAUAAAUCUUGUAAAUGAAUCAAUAUGAAAUUGUAAGGCUAAAACCGAUUGCUUCUUGUAAUUUAAACAAUUGUUGAUCAGGAAGGAGCGGAGAUGCCACUAAACCUUUAAAUGGAUCUUUAAUUAACCAAAAUGUUCACUGACAUAAACUGACCCUGCGCUGAAAGUGCACAAUGUCACAACUGUGACAUUCCUUAAAUCAGGUUUUCCAACUUUACGGUUCACAUGAAUUGCACGAAGUUGGUCAUUAAAUGAACAGCCUACUGAAUGGCAACCACUGGACUAGUAUAUCUUUAAAGACAGUCUCUAACUUGCUAAAUAUCAAAGCUCUUUGGUCAUAAGGACUCAGGGAAGACAAGCAUUAUGGCUCCUCUGUACUGGAACCCAGGUGGUAAAACAGAUGGAUGUGGCACAGCAUGUUGCCUGGUCUGACUUUGCCAACUUGCUCAAUUUUUAUUCAAUGGAGCUUCAAGACCUUUCAACAAAUCUUGUAAAUGAAUCAAUAUGAAAUUGUAAUGCUGAAACUGGUUGCUUAUUGUAAUUUACAAUGAUUGUUGAUCAGGACGGAGCCGAGAUGCCACUAAACUUUUAAACAGAUCUUUAAUUAACCAAAAUGUUUAUUGACAUAAACUGACCCUGCUCUGAAAGUGCACUAUGUCACAACUGUGAUAUUCCUUAAAUCAGGUUUUCCAACUUUAUGGUUCAAGAAAUAUAUUACUGGUCAAACCGUACUGUUCAUCACAUGAAUUGCACGAAGUUGGUCAUGAAAUGAACAGCCUACAGAAUGGAAACCACUGGACUAGUAUAUAUCUUUAAAGACAGUCCCUAACUUGCUAAAAGCUCCUCAGUCUACCUACAAGGACUCAUUAUUAAAUACAAGCAUUAUGACUCCUCUGUACUGGAACCCAGGUGGUAAAACAGAGAUGGAUGGGGCACAGCACGCUGCCUGGUCCGACGCUGCCAACCUGCUCAAUUUUGAUCCAAUGGACCUUUAAAACUUAUAAAUAAAUCUUGUCAGUGGAUUAGUAUGAAAUUGUAAGGCUGAAACCGGUUGCUUAUUGUAAUUUACAAUGAUUGUUGGUCAGGAAGGAGCGGAGAUGCCACUAAACUUUUAAAUAGAUUUUUAAUUAACCAAAAUGAAAACUGCACAAUGUCACAGGUUUUCAAACUUGUACGGUUCAAGAAAUAUUACUGGUUGAACCUCAUGGUUCAUUACAUAAAUGGCACAAAGUUGGUCAUUAAAUCAACAGCCUACAGAAUGGAAACCACUGGACUAGUAUAUCUUCAAAGAUGGUCCCUAACUUGCUACAUAUAAAAGCUCCUGAGUCUACCCAUAAGGACUCAAGGAAAACAAGCAUUAUGGCUCCUUUGUACUGGAACCCAAGUAGCUAGCCAAGUAAGUCUCUUGCUGGUGUACCUUCAAUAAUGGAGACCCACCUCUUCACUAAGUAUCUAAGUGAGCUUUUACUUAGCACUUACUUGCAUUAAACAAACAACACAAAUACUGUACUUUUCUUUUCCACACUCUUGCCACCUACAAACAGGUUUUGGAUGCAUGGUGGUGUUAGAAGUUUGCGUAUUUGUGCUAGAGUGAAAAAUGGCCACUAAAAAGAAUGCAAAGCACCUCUGUACAAAUACAAAGCUCUUCUGUAUGCCACCCUGGAUAAAUGUAAAUAUAUUGUAUGAAUAAGUCAAUAAUCAUGCAAUUAUUCUAUCCUUUAAAAGCUAAAAUAUAUGAACUGCUUCUUACUGGAUGGAAAAUCGGACCUAUACUCUUAUGGAUUUGCUGUGUGAUUGUUUUUCCAUCAUUCUCUCUGGAUUUUAGUUAUGAUUGCCUUCAAUUGCUUCAUGAAAUUAUAUUGUGGCUUUUAAAAACUGUGGGUCACCAAUGCUGGUGUGCAGUUUGUUUUCUUUAUUUCUUUAUUCAUUUCAUUCUGUUAAGGGUUGAGAUGAAUCCAAAGCCCACCCGAAAACACAAGGCUUAAGUCUAUUGCAAGAUGCAAGGUUUGUUUUUGUGAGGUGGGAGAGACCCACAUGGGCAGAAGGGUGUGAGGCUUGAAGAUGUUCGGAGGAAAGGAGCAUAAAUAAAUGCACAUAUACUAUUGUUAAAUGUGACCAUGUGUAUUUAAUAGCCUCAUUUACUAAAAUGCUUCAGUAGGGCCAGGUCUGUAAAUGCUUUAAGAUUUUUUUUAUGCCUGUAGCCAUAGUGCCACACCUGUAUUUUAGUAUAUCGGGGUAGUGGUUGGAAAGAUCUUAAUCUCAAGAUGGCCUGCAGAUUUCUUUCUGAUAAGAGUUAGAUUUAUAGAUAAUAAUGAGGUAAAAUUGACAGAGCUGGCAUAUGCAGACCUAAUUCUGUCCUGUAAUCUGAUAUUGUAAUGCAAUAUUUGAGUUGUAAAACGUAAUAAAAAUAUAUAUCAAUA